UUUAUAUUUAUUUUUUAAAAUUAAAUUAAAAAUAUUUUUAAAAAUGUCUGGAAUUGGGGAAAAAGAUGGGGAAGAAGAAAGAUAUAAACAAUUCUUUGUUUGUAAAGAAAGCUCUAUUUUUACAAAUAAAUUUCCAUUAAUAAAUAGACAAACUGCUUAUCAAUUUGUUGCUGGCAUUCAAAUUGCUUUUAGUUUUCUUUCAAUACUUUUAAUUGUUCUAAGUUUACCAUUAAUGCAUAGCAGAACACAGACAACAUUAAAUUAUGUAAAUGCAGAAAUUAAUUUUUGUGAGCGUUCACUUUUGGAAGCCCAAAAACAAUUAGAAAUGCGUAGAAUUGGUGGAAGUUUUUCUUCAUCUUCUGAUAAUUAUUUCCCUUAUAAUGCUAGAAUAAAUCGAACAAAAAGAAAUAAUGGAUAUGGAGAAUCUGUUGAGGAAGGAGUACCUCAACAACAGUUAGGGCCGGGCAUUCCAGUACAGACUGAAUGUCCUGGAUGUUGUAUUCCUGGACCUCCUGGCCCGAGAGGACCUGCUGGGCAACCAGGCAAUUUUUAA